AUGGCUAAUAAGAGACGAGCUAUCGUCGUGUGCUCCGCGUGCCACAAGCGGAAGAUCAAGUGCGAUGUUCAACCCUGGACGGAUCAUUUCCAAGCCUUGCGUCCUUGCUCAGCCUGCUUAGAGCGCGGGACAGAGUGCAGGCUACGGUCACGGAAACCGUAUACGUCGAGGGUCAGAAACCACAACCAUGUGGAAGCCGAUCGGAGUCGAAAGCUGCCUGUUCUAGAUGUCGCCCAUGCGCCAAAGACAGUCAGUUUCCACAUCGACCGAGCCGAAGUCACCGCAUCCGUCGGUUCACAUCCAGACUCUCGCCAGACAUCAUCGCUAUACUUUGGCGAAAGCGGAUACGGAUCUUUGCUGGACAUCGUAAAUCCGCCUUCGCACUCCAGUAAAGGCCGACACUUGACGAUCUCUAGCUCGAGGGACAGCACACUUCCUGCAGAAGAUCUGGCGUAUCUCGAAGCCAAAGGAUGUUUUGCCCUCCCCGACGAGAGCCACGAUCUUCUGAGGGCCUACUUCCGCUUUGUCCAUCCGCAGUUCCCGGUCCUGGAUGGAGGGACUUUCCUGCGAGAUCAUGCGGACGGCAGGCUCGAGAAGAUCAACCUACUUCUACUCUGGAGCAUGUUCUCUGUCAGUGCAUGCUAUGUGCCAGCGUGUCGAAGCGUGGAGACGAAAGCGUUAUAUCACAUACGAGCCAAGACGCUCUUCGACAUUAGUGGCGAGAACGACAAAUACGUACUUAUCCAGUCGGCCCUACUCCUCAGUUUCUUCUUCGAUGAUGUCGAGGAUGUCAAGCAGUCGUGGUAUUGGACUGGGAUAGCAUUCAGCUUGGCGCAGAGCUUGGGUCUCCAUGAUAACUUGUUAUCUGACCGCGACAACUCGACGACGAAUAAUGUGUUCCAAAAGACCAUGUGGCAUUGCUGUAUGCUUCGAGAUGCAUGGCUGUCAUAUAGCAUGGGACGACCAUUAAGGCUCGGCGGGGAGACCAGUCACACUUUCAAGUCCGAAUGUUCAUUCCAAGACAUGAUUCUUCUCGGCGACCGGAUCCAUACCGAUGCGGAGGCUGAAGAGCUGACGAGAAUGUGGCGAGGUUCAGUCGAGGCUGCACUGGCGCUGCAUCUGUCUCUGCAGUCGAAGCCUGUACCAGUUGACAAGCUGUUGUCACAGUGGGAGAACGAGCAAGUACCAGACCCCGAGAUGUUCACUCCGGCUGUCACUCUAUGCCACCGACACCUGCAACUAUGUCAGCACGCCACCUUGAUCGCGAUAUGUCAACUCCAUGAGAAGAGCGGGAGCAGGAGCGAAUCAUCACAAACCGACAUCAUCGACAUCGCAGAGGAAGGCAUCACCUUCAUCGUACAAUCAUAUCUCAAGGACGACGCCAUCAGCUGCGUUCCCUUGAUGAUAGUGCCCCUCGUCAUGCCCGCCUUGCUCGUCUCGAUGGCUGAACUAAAAUCUCCAGAGAAGGCAAGGAGAGAGCGAGCGGCCGGCCAUUUGUCCUCCCAUCUCGCCCUUCUGGGUGCAAUCGAGCACAGCUUCCCAGCGGCGUCGAUCGUGAAGAGACUGUUCGGCACAGCAAGCCAACACAUUCUGACCGACCAGUCUGCGGUACCUGAUUGA